GCCACUAGGUCUGGAUGGCAAGCCCGGACUUCCAGGCCCCAAAGGGGAAAAGGGUGCACCCGGAGACCUUGGCCCUCGGGGAGACCAAGGGCGAGAUGGAGCUGCUGGGCCUCCGGGGCCCCCUGGACCUCCUGGGGCCCGGGGCCCUCCUGGAGACACAGGGAAAGAUGGCCCCAGGGGAGCACAAGGCCCGGCGGGUCCCAAAGGAGAGACUGGACGGGACGGCGAGAUGGGCCUGAAGGGACCCCCAGGGCCCAAGGGUGAGCCCGGCAUUCCUGGAAAGAAGGGGGAUGACGGGACGCCAAGCCAGCCAGGGCUCCCUGGACCCCCAGGCCCCAAGGGCGAGCCAGGGAACGUGGGGCCUCGAGGAGAAAAUGGUGUGGACGGCGCCCCAGGGCCAAAGGGAGAGCCUGGCCCGCGAGGCGCCGAUGGAGUGUCAGGACUGCGGGGUCCCCAGGGCCUCAAGGGCGAGCAAGGAGACACAGUGGUGAUUGACUACGAUGGCAGGAUCCUGGAUGCCCUUAAGGGUCCUCCCGGGCCACAGGGGCCCCCAGGCCCACCUGGGAUCCCCGGAGCCAAGGGCGAGCUGGGAUUGCCUGGUGCCCCGGGAAUCGACGGAGAGAAGGGUCCCAAAGGAGCCAAAGGAGACCCGGGAGAGGCUGGGCCGACCGGACCCAAAGGGGAGGUGGGCGAGAUGGGCCUGUCGGGCCUCCCGGGCACCGAUGGUCGCAAGGGCGAAAAGGGAGAGUCGGCAUCUGACAGCCUACGGGAGAGCCUGGCCCAGAUCAUAGUGGCGCCGGGGCCCCCCGGGCCCCCUGGUCCCCCAGGCCCCAUGGGCCUUCAGGGAAUCCAGGGUCCCAAGGGCUUGGAUGGAGUAAAGGGAGAGAAGGGUGUGUUGGGUGAGAGAGGCCCCAGCGGCCUGCCUGGGCCAGCUGGCCCGCCAGGCCUUAUCGGGCUGCCAGGAACCAAAGGAGAGAAGGGAAGACCUGGGGAGCCAGGACUAGAUGGGUUCCCUGGGCCCCGAGGAGAGAAAGGUGACCGGAGCGAACGUGGAGAGAAGGGGGAGCGAGGCGUCCCGGGCCGGAAAGGCGUGAAGGGCCAGAAGGGUGAGCCAGGACCGCCGGGCCUGGACCAGCCAUGUCCUGUGGAGAAUCCCAAAUGUGGAGGCAAGCGAGGGGCGCCGGGCUCCGGGGGGCCCUGCCCUGCGGGCCCCGAUGGGCUGCCCGUGCCCGGCUGCUGGCAUAAGUGACCCCCGCACCCAGCUCACAACCUGUACAGAUGCGUGUGGACAUUUUUAAUUUUUGUAAAAAAACAAAAACAAAAAACAGUAAUAUAUUGAUCUUUUUUCACGGGAUAUACCCCCUGUGUCCUUAUAACAUUCAAGAGGGUGCGUGGCCCAGCCCCAGAAUGAUCAGCAUUGGAAGCUGGCAGGAAAGCAGACAGUCCAAUCCAGGGGAAUUGUGUCCUCGUGGGGGGACAGCCUUGGGACUUGGCUUUCCCAGGAAGGAGACGAAGGUGAAAGCGCCUGGGUCAGGAGAGGCUGCAGAGAUGCUGGGUUGGGCCCUCGGCCACCUGAUUAGCAGAGAGACUUACCCCACCCCACCCCACCCCACCCCCAAAGCUCCAGAGCCCUGGGGCCGGCUCCAUCCAGAAAGGCCCAGAGCUUGGACGGUAAAUGCAGCUGUCCCAGCCUCUCUGGCCUCUGGACUCAGCCACAGUCAGCUGCCCACCCCUCGGGACCCCUCUGGGUCCCAGGUUCCCCUGGGCAGGACAAGAUUCCUGCCCAGCCCCCAGGGGCUCUAGCUCCCACCGAGUUCAGGAGGCCUCAGGGGUGCAGCUGCCAUGAGAACACGUGUCCUCUGGUCUGGAGGAGAGGCCAAGCACUCUGACCACCACCUGAGGACCCAGCUGCAAAGAAGCCUCAUGCUCCCCGAGUGCAGAGGACGGCGGGGUCCCAGACGGGAGGGGCUGAUGCUUCCCAGGUAUCUCGCAGCACCCAGAAGAGGGUCACGAUGAGACUUUGCCAGCCCAAGGAGACUGGCCUGCAGCUCAGAGUUUGGGUCUCACUGGCCCCAACUCUCCCACGGGAGAAGACUCUGGCCAGCCUGCCAAAACUGGUCCUUUGGAUGAGCUGUGCAGACAAAGAGGGCCUUGGGGCUGGUUCCGGGCCAGCCUGCGCAGGAGGGUCUGAGACCCAGCCACCGGUGCUCUGGAAAGAGGCUUCCCCACCUCCAACAAGAGUCCCCAGCUGCCGCCUCCAGCACAGCGGCUUGCCCCCCUUCUCUGUAUAGAUGGAUAUCACUGCGUGUAAUAAACCCCAAUGUGUGUCUGGG